UUAAUAAAGGUAGAACUUCUUUUUUCGCCUGUUUUUGUGUAUGCAAUUCCGCUCAACUAUUAUCUGACCAAAUGUUAUGGCGAUUUUGCUGGUUAUAAAAGAGGGAUGAGUUGAUAGCAAAAUGACAUUUCGAUCACGAUUGUGACUUACGAAAGAACAAAAUGAAGUUAUUCGUUUUAUUCAGUCUUGUCUCUUUGGCAUUGGCCAAGAAAACAUUUUUUGGAGAUCAAGUUCUAACACUCCAUCCAACAACUCAAGACCAAGUUGAACUGAUCAGAGGAUAUGAGAACGAGAUUGAUUUUUGGAAUCCUGGCUACCCCAGUCAAGUGCACGAAAACAAUCCAGUUGACGUCAGGAUAGAAAAAUUUCAAUUGAUGAAAUUUAAGCGUACGAUGAAAGACGCAGGAAUUAAUUUUGAGGUCAAAAUAGGAGAUGUCCAGAUGGCGAUUGAUGAACAAGUUGAACCAAGAAGAAAUCAUCCUAAAGCAUUGCUUGGAUAUGAUUACUUCAUAUAUCACUCAUACGAUGAAAUUAAUAGUUGGACGAUGGAUAUUGAACAACAGUAUCCAACUUUGGUAACAAGAAGUGUGAUUGGAACCAGUUGGGAAGGCAGAGAUAUCCCAAUGCUCACUCUCAAAACCUCCGAUAGCAAACCAGCUAUGCUUGUUGAUUGUGGAUUUCAUGCUCGUGAAUGGAUUUCUCCGGCUUUUUGCCAAUGCUACGUUCAACAGCUGAUAGAUUCCGAAAUCUUGAACGACCUGACUAUUCACGUGAUUCCCGUAGUAAACGUUGACGGUUAUCAAUACACACACACCAAUGACAGAAUGUGGAGAAAAACUCGCUCCAAACGCGCAGGAAGUAUUUGCUACGGUGUUGAUCCAAACAGAAACUGUGAUGCAGGAUGGUCAGGACCAGGAUCAUCAGGAUCCCCUUGUUCUGACACAUACUACGGACCUUCUGCAGAAUCUGAGCCUGAAGUGAAAGCCGUGGCAGAUUUCAUUCGAGCAAAUAUUAAUUCACUGAAAGCAUACGUCACAUUCCACGCCUACGGACAAAUGAUCCUAUAUCCUUACUCCUACCAGCUUCGCCUUGCUGAUACUACAAAAAAUUUGGACUAUUACGCAGUUGCAGCUUAUAAUGCUGUCAAAACUCCGUUUGGUACAGAAUAUAUUUACGGUCCAGGAGGCACGACUAUUUACUUGGCAGCAGGAGGUUCCGAUGACUUUGCAUACGAUGCAGGGGUCCCACUUUCCUACACUAUCGAACUCCGAGAUGAGGGCAGAUACGGCUUCGCUCUCCCAGCACGCCAAAUCGAACCAGUCUGUGAGGAGACGUUCAAUCUAAUGGAAGUAAUGCAUCAGGGGGUCCGCGACAUUAACGCUGGCGUAUACAAUGAGUCCUAGUAACAAACUACAUUGAACUUCUGUUUAAUAAUUGUGUAAUUUAUUUGAUUUAAUAAAUAUCAAUGUGGAUGAUAAAUUUUGAAAAAUUAAUAAAAUCAUGAAAUACA